UUCUCCUGCUGCAGCUUAAGUGUGCUUCUCCUCUCCUAGGACCUGUCCCCCUUUCAUUUCCCGGCUUGACUGUGAGGAUCGGGGUCCGGCUACGUGUCCUUCGGGAAUGCUAUCCCUCACAUCUGAGGAUUAGGGGCAGCAUUGUUGCAGGAGCCCUACUUCUGCUUGUCCUGUGGCUGCUUGCUGGGUUGUGGCUUACGUUGGCUCCUCACUUCUCGCUUUUGAUUCUGCUUUUAGCUUUUUCUUUGUUUCUUAGCUCUGCCUCUCAAAUAUUAGAAGGCGGAAAAAUAAAAACACAUGUCUUUGCAGUUAUUAGCUACCAUAAAACCUUGUUUAGGGAGGAAGGCUGAAGUGGAACGUGUAGGGGAGUAACUUUUCUGUGUUAUCUGCGUUUAUCAUGCACUCCAUAAUCACGAACUGCCUGCUACUACCUGAGAUGAUGGGCUAAGUUUAGACUCUCAGUUGAAGUCUGUAGCGAAUACUCUCAAGAAAAAAAAAAUUUUUUUUUAAUAGUUCAGAUCACUCAAACUUCUUUUUGAAAAUGUUUUUAAUGUCUUCAUGUUUGUCGACUUCAAUUUAGUUUUGGCUAGAUAAAAAUAUAUUUGUCCCAAUGAGAUCUUUGCUACCCACUUAUUAACCUGUAAGUUAUUAACCCUAUAGGGUCGCUAUGAGUCGAAAUCCACUUGACGACAACGGUUUUUGUUUUUUUUUUUUAAUCAACUUAGUUGAACUUUCUGAUACGACACUGAAUGGAGACUUAACCAUAAGUUGAUGUCUGAUCCGAAAGUGUGCUUACUGACACUCAGAGAACCUUGGAGAAAUGUUAGAAAUCAUUGUUUUGUUGAAAAAUAAAAUAAUGAUAAACGAUAAGCAGUGAUUUUUUUCAAAAUGAAACAAAUUAUCAGAGUCCAAAGGUGUUAUAGUUGCCAUCAAAUAGCUGUGUAUAUAUCAUAGUUGAGAUGCUGAGAGGUCUUAACUACUUUGGUCAUUUUCACUUUAAUAAAAUCAUAACUAAUAUUACUAACUAAUGCAUUGAGUGUAACAUCAAAUAGAAGUAAUUCACUCUAACCUGAUGUAAUUACUUAUCCCAAUCUUAGUAACCUUUUUGUAAUUUUAUAUAUCUUUCCAUUAUCAGACUUCGGGAUAGAUCUGUGUUUAGAGUUUAACAUCUUCAUUAGAAAAGGAAGAAGUCUGUUCUCAGGGAUUUUAAUUCGUCAUCUGACCUGUGGUUCUUGGGACUGGAGCCAUCAGCCUGCUGUCUUACCUGCCAAUCUUGGAUUCUGCAGCUACGUGAGUCAGGAGAAGCCUCCAGCCUGACACCUCACCCAGGGACUUGGGACGUGCCAGCUGCUACAACCACGUUGCUCAUAAUGGCAAGUGAAGAAAUUAAUGAAGACUAUCCAGCAGAAAUUCAUGAAUAUUUAUCAACAUUUGAAAACUCCAUUGGUGCUGUGGAUGAGAUGCUGAAGACCAUGAUGUCUGUUUCUCGAAAUGAGUUGUUGCAGAAGCUGGAUCCACUUGAACAAGCGAAGGUGGAUUUAGUUUCUGCAUACACAUUAAAUUCAAUGUUCUGGGUUUAUUUGGCAACUCAGGGAGUUAAUCCUAAGGAACAUCCAGUAAAGCAGGAAUUGGAAAGAAUCAGAGUAUACAUGAACAGAGUCAAGGAAAUAGCAGACAAGAAGAAGGCUGGCAAGCUGGACAGAGGGGCAGCUUCAAGAUUUGUAAAAAAUGCCCUAUGGGAACCCAAACCUAAAAAUGUAUCAAAAGUGGCCAAUAAAGGAAAAAGUAAAAACUAACUUUUUGGUUUUGAUGGACACAUAUUCAAAAAGUACAUCAUUUUUAUUGUUUUCCACAAAAGAGAUGAUGGCUAAUGGGGCCCUGCAAAGUUUCAGUGUGUUCCUUACUGAAUUCAUAUAUAAAAUUUACACUUGAAAUUUGUAAUGCUGAAUAAUUUUUUUUUCCAGAGAGAUUAGGUUACCUUUCUUGAUUUUCCCGUAGAGAGCUAUGAGGUUUUUAACAUUGUGUGUAUGAUACUUUACCAUCUCUUGAUAUGAAACUCUGAUUUCCUUAUAUGGGUCAAUCUUUCAAGUACCAUUUUAUAAACAAUUGUGAAAUUUAAGUUACAUGUUCUUUGUAAAUGUUUGUACUAUUUUAAAUGUACCUUAUGAAAUGUGCUAUCUGAAGGCUGUUUUCACUAUGUAAUACAGCUGUUUUCACUGUGUAAUGUUAAGAAAGUAUAAAAUGACUUAAAUGUCGAUUUUUUUUUCUGUAUAGUUUAUCAUGUGUUCAUGAUUUUAGGAAUUUUUUAAAAAAAAUUUGAGGUGUGAAAUUAAAACUUUAAGGUUACACUUUAAUUCUUGGCACUUUGCCUCUACAUCCCAUUUAAAAUAAAAUACAUUUCAUUAAGUAUAGGUGGGAAAGGAGGCUGUAUGCUGAUGGCUGAUUUUGGCAUAACGUCUGUACCUAAUCAGUAAAAGUCGUGUAGCUGACCGGUCUGUUUUUGUCUUGAGUAAAUUUACCUUCCAAAUGAGGAAGAUAGGUUUUAGAAAUCAUCACGAGUGGAGACAUUCAUGGAUUUUUGUUCUCGAUGCAUAAUACCUCAGAUAACUGCCCGUAGUUCUCUGGAUCGAAUAUUUUCAUAUUUUUUGCUUGUGUGCUUUUGAGGCCGUGUGAGUCCAUACUAGUGUUUCAGAACAAUUUCUUAUGCUACCUAAUGCCACUUAAGCAGAAGGAGAAAUCCAAAGGAGAUUACAUUGUGUUUAUAUUCUGAUGUAUUUUUCUGGAGUAUCAGCUACAGAGAAUUCCCCAUAUUACACUGUUUUUAUGUCCAAGCCCAUGAAUGUUAAUUGCACACCCUUAAUGCGCUCAGUCUUUGAGUCCACAUCACUCUGUGCAGGAAUGCCAAGUACAGUAAAGUACUUUAAUUUUUGAAAAAGGAGUUGUUAAAAUUUUCUGUGUGAUUAAUUCUCCAUAAGUAACCUUGAAUAAAUGGGUUUCUUGAUUUAUGGUAACAGAUAUUGGAAAUGGUCUUAAAAUGUAAUGGAUUUUGUAAAGCAUGGUGAACUCUUUCUGUGACACGUGAAGAGGAAGUCACGGAGAGAGGCAGAAAGUCUCUCCUGGCUCUGAUGGCAGACAGUUUGUGAAGUGGAAGAACGUUUAUAGUUAUUUCACUCCUUUCUCACUUCCAUCCUUUCAAAUUUCUAGCUGUUUGCUUUAAAGUCGCUUGUGCUUGAGAAAAUUAGUGUUAUCAUUAAGAUUCAGUGCAGUAUAUGUGUCUCUGUGUCACGUGUGGCAGAUAAGCCUGUAACUGGCAUUUCUGUAUAUUUUCUCAUUUCAUAGAGAAAAAAGUGUUAAGUGAAAAGUGUUUAUACACUUGGAAAAAAUCACUAGUCAAAUUGUCGAUUUGUGAAAGUCCAACUCUAUGUUCUGUUAAAUUGGAAACUGUUAAGUAAGUAAUUUGUUCAGUGUUUACUCUUAGAAAUAAAAGAUGAUUUUCAUGUGUUCCAUUUUACUAUGUAUAAUUUUAAAUACUAAUUACUUAGCAAAUAUGUAAGGAGCUGCAUGGCAGUAGUGCAUUGGAUUGUUUCUUUGUGUGUCGUUAAUGACAUUCACAUGGCCAGAUACCGUGCUGGGCAUUAGGUUCCAAAGAGGACAACUCAGCCUUUAGUCUACUUCUAUAAAGUGUUGUGAAAAAGGUAGUCUUUUCAUUCAAUUCAGUUUCUCAGACUUACUGAAACAUUUAUGACAAAUUGUGUUCAUUAACCUUAGAACCAUAAAAGGUGACGGGUUGAUCUAUUUGACUGUGGUAUAGUUAUUGUUAAUGUAGUUUGUUCCAAAUGGCAGUGUGCUCUAAGUUUAGAUGUUAAUUAUACCCUUUUAUUAAUUUCUUGGGAAUUAGCAAGUUGGAGAGGUUGCAGCUAUAGAUAUUUUUAAGACUAGAAUUUUAGACUGUUAAUCUCAUGCUAAAUAAUGACAUUUUUGUCUUUAUAUUAUUUUAAAUACAGUUUUCUUCCUGUUCAUAGUUGCAGGAUGGGAAUUCAUUUUAGUAAAGUAGAAUAUGUUAAGAGAAAAAUUGAAGCUUGAAUUAUGGGUUACUGGAAUUAGGAGAUUAUAUCAAGUUGGUUGGAAGCCCUGGUGGUGUUGUGGUUAAGUGCUGUAACUGCUAACCAAAAGGUCAGUAGUUCAGAUCCACCAGGUGCUCCUUGGAAACUCUAUGUGUGGCAGUUCUACUCUGUCCUACAGGUCUCUACGAGUCGGAAUUGACUUGUUGGCAGUGGGUUUGGUUUUUUUGUUUUUUUAUCAAGUUGAUUGGUUUUUAAGACACUGCAGAUUAAAAAAUUCUACUUAACUAUUAGAAAUGAAUUGGUAUUAUUUCUAAAUAAGGCUUUUAAAAUUAACUAGAAAUGUAGGAAGGCCUUACAAAAUGGACAGUGUAUUGAAUAUAGAUCCUCUUUUCUUAAGUAGGACAUUGGAGAACAAGGUGCUUCAGGAGGCAGCUUGUUAUAUAGUUAAAUUCUAAUGUUAUGUAGUUAAUUAUUAGAAAUUCUGGCUUUACAAAGUGACAGUGACUAAGAAAGAUUUGAGCAGUGAUUCCCAGCCUCAUGCAAUGGCUAAGCUUGGUAGGUAAAGAGAAGAAAAGGAAGCAUGGCGCCUCUUUUUCUUCCUUCAUUAUCCACACAGCAUAGUCAGCUCCCUCAGAUCAAUUCGGUGCCUCUUUUACCUAAUGACCUUGGUAGCAACCUAAUCUGUAUAAAGAAAUGUGUUCUGAAUGUGCGUUCCUAAUAAAAAACAUUUUCUGUA